AUAUGCAAAAAGGAUAUUUAUAAUCAUCUAAGACAGAAAUGAAAGUUUUCAAGAGGUUCACAACAACUGACAAAUGAAUAAAUUAACUGCGGCAUUGUUUGAGCAGCAUGUAUUCCGUCCACACUGCAUACACGUAUUACUAAUACCUUCAGCCGCAAAAAGUUAUUCGUUGUACUUCAAAAUAUCAAAAUCCUGUUGGAGUCUUAAUAUACUAUGAUGCUGUCUACUUCUGGGAAAAGGAUUGUACGGAAUUAUCUCAUUGUCCUUGUGCUUCUAGUGACUGUAUCAAUAUCUUGGAUCAAAGUGUUCUCUCAAUAUGAUAUGAAUAUCGGGAUAUUUGACGCAAUUUCAACUACAUUACUUCCAAACUCAAACAGAAGCAUUGAAGAGAAGAAUAUAAUUUCUGACAAAAGGACUUUAAUUCUCGUGUAUAAUGCUCCAUCCUAUUUAACAACAUUUAUAGAUUAUUUCAACAAAAGAAUGUGCUCAACUACGUAUAAUUGUUUUGUUUCUCAAAAUGUGGAAGAUUUUCAAAACAGCAUUGCUGUCAUAUUUAACAUAGAAACUUUGCCAAAGUCUCCACCACAAAAAAUAAAGAAUCAAUUUUGGAUAUUCCAUAGUAUGGAACCAGCGACAUUAAUGAAAAGGCCGGCAAGACAUUGGAAUGGACUAUUUGAUUAUACGAUGUCUUUUAGAAGUCACUCAGAUAUCUUCAGACCUUAUGGAAGUAUUAAGCGUCGACAAAAGGAACUUGAGAGAAACUACAGUGAUGUUUUCCGUAAGAAGACUCUUGAUGCAGUGUGGAUGUCUGGACACUGUCCUGUACCCUCCAAACGGAGAGCACUUGCACAGGAAAUAGGAAAACACAUACACGUAGAUCUUUUCGGUGAAUGUGGUACUCAAAUGUGUGGAAUUGCCACUUCCCUUUUCAGCGAAUGUCUCGCGAAUGUCUCGCGUGAUUACAAAUUUUAUCUCGCAUUUGAAAAUACUAUUUGUCCAGAUUACACGACUGAAAAGUUAUUCAACUUGUAUUUAUAUGAACUUGAAAUCAUUCCUGUGGUUAACGGGCCAUCCAAUGUAGCAGACUAUUUGCCCAAUGGAACAUAUAUUGAUGCCUUACGUUUUGCAACUGUUAAGGAUCUUGCUAAUAUGCUGAUUGAUAUAGGUUCCAGUGAAGAAAAAUAUACCAAUUAUCUUAAAGAAAAGGACAAAUAUUAUGAAGUUGGAAAUGAGGAAAUUUUCUCCGAUGCAAUAUGUAAAAUAUGCGAAAAAAGUUCACGAAAUCGAAAUGGAGAGACCCAAGAUUAUUGGACCCGCCUGUUAAAAGACAAUUGUUAAAAAUACAUCUUUUGUGAAAUUAAGGCCCAGUCGUAUUCUUUUUAGGUGAUGAAACUACUCAUGCCCUUGAUUAGUGAGGUUCUUUAGCGUGCCAGCGGCUGCCGUGACAUGGAGCUUCGGUUUUGCUCUCAUCCGAAAGACCCACAACUUUCACUUCGCUUGGCGAAGGAACUGUUCCGAGAACGGAGCUAGGGCUCUUCUGAGGUACUUGCUUACAAUGAUAAAAACUCGAACUGAGUCGAUGAUAUUCCAAAACGAAUCUGAUGUGCAAGAUUUUACUUCUCACGUCCUUUGUUACUGAAAGUGUGUUCCACGAUCAUACUCUUUGUUUUACAAAUAUGUUUGAUAACCAA